CCGACGUCGACGCUGAGUACCGAGUGCAGUGAAACUGUGAAUUCAUGAAGUUUCUAUCAAGUUUCUCUCCUGCUGGCCGACUGCGGUUCAACCUAUACCGCGUUCUGGAGAAUGACUACGCGAUCUAAUAUUAAUCGUGCGAUUUCGCGUUCUCCGUGUUCCCGUUUCUUCUCAAGUGGAGAUCAUCACCAAUGACGCUUCCCAUGCUCUCCCGCAUGGCGUCACCCGUAGGCCAUCCUCAAGCACUGGCGCUGCCGUUGGCAGUGGGGAAUUGCCGGAAGCGAAAUAGAUCCUUGACUCUCAGCUCAGCUAACAAACAUGCACCAUCAUAUAAGCUUCACUUGUAAAAUACAAUAUGGCUCUCUUUUCCGAUAAUGAGGUUGUCGAGUGCACUAUGAUCCUCAAAACAAUGCUUGAAGCUAUCGAGACCCUGUUCAACGUAGGAUCCCUUGAUAUUUCAUCCAGGGUAUUGAAGAAGGUCACGGAAUAUUGCAAUACGAUGCUUGUCUCGCGGCCAGAAACCAGCAUGAGGCUUCCAGGCCAAGUGAUAUCAGCGAAUGGGACCAGAAGUCUAUCACUGCUAAUCAAAAUACACUUUUCAAGAUCAUUUUGGCCGUAGAUUAUCUUUAGAUAGAUCAUG